GCGGGACGCAGGGCGGGCCGUUCCCCCUGCGCCCGGCCGGUGAGCGGCCCGGCGGAACGGCAGCGGCGGGGCGGGUUGGCGGCCGGACGGGCAGCGCGGACACGCCAGAGGUAAAUGGGCUCCGAAGGACUCGGAACUGCGGAGGGAAAGUCUUAAGUCCCCAAAUCAGCCGCAGGGAAUGUGCUUGUCCAUGCAGGAGCUGCCCGAAGUCUCUCGAUGUGUGCGUGUAAAUGAGCAUCACACGCUUCCCUUGAAUAAGUGACCCCUGAGGCUGUUUGCUGUGAGGAUCCUUUGCUCCCUGAGGCUCCAGCCAUGUUCAGUGCCAGCCAAUCCUCCAGGGCCCAGUUCCUGGACAAGGCCCGGCAGGCGCGGGAGGAGCGGCGGGAGCUGAAGGAGAGGGAGAGAGCUGCAGUGCAGCUCCAGGCUCUGGUCAGGAGGUUUCUGUGUCGAUGCCACCUGCAGAGGGAGAUCAGGAGAGAGGUGGAGGAUUUCUUUGGGACAAAUGAAUGUGGCUCAAGUAAAAGAAGUGCCCUGUCUGUGUUCAGGAUUGCCAGGAAGCUGCUGUUUGUGUUCAAUCCCAAGGAGGACAAGGAGAGGUUUGAGAAGCUGUGCCGUUGUAUCCUGAACAGCAUGGAUGUGGAGAACGAGCCCAAGGUGUGGUACGUGUCACUGGCACUCUCCAAGGACCUCACCCUCCUCUGGAUCAAACAGAUCAAAGACAUCCUGUGGUUUUGCUGUGAAUUCCUCAAGCAGCUCAAGCCUGACAUCCUGCAGGACUCCAGACUGGUGAACUUGCACCUCACAAUGCUGGUCACCUUCACAGACACUUCCACCUGGAAGAUCCUCCGGGGAAAAGGUGAGACCCUGAGACCUGCCAUGAACCACAUCUGUGCCAACAUCAUGGGCCACCUGAACCAGAAGGGCUUCUACUCCGUGCUGCAGAUUUUGCUAACUAAUGGCUUGGCAAGAUCCAGACCUUCCCUGUCCAAAGGUUCCUUAACUGCCAUCUUUUCCCUUGCUUUGCGCCCUGUGGUUGCUGCACAGUUCUCAGACAAUCUGCUGAGGUCCUUCCUGAUCCAUGUCAUGUCUGUGCCUGCUAUAAUGACUCACCUUGCUACUCUCACCCCUGAGCGCCUGGCAGUGAUGGAAUCCCACGAUCUCUUCCGGAAAUUCAUCCUGUUCCUGAGCCGGGAGUCCCAGUGCCGAGAUGUCUGCGUGUGCCUGGAGGGCAGUCACACUCUCUGCUUGCUGGGCAAUCUGGUGUUCCUGGGCUCCCUGAAUGACCAGGUGCUGGUGGAGGAGACAGCUCAUUUUGUGGGGGUGCUCAUCCACAUGCUCUCCUACUGCCAGAAGUACGUGUCCCAGAAGAAAUCCAACCUCACCCACUGGCACCCUGUGCUGGGCUGGUUCUCACAGACUGUGGAUUAUGGGCUGAACGAGUCCAUGCCCCUGCUGACCAAGCAGCUGCAGCACCUCUGGGGGGUCCACAUGAUCCGGAUCCUCUUCAGUGAUGUGCUCAGCAAGAAACUGCUGGAAAAUCAGGAGAUAGCUCAGCUGCCAGCACAGCCAAUCUCCCCUCAGAACAGCCUUCCUAUGAAAAACCUGUUCAAGAGAGCUUUCCAGAAGUCGGCCUCAGUCCGGAACAUCCUGAAGCCGGUGGGAGGGAAGCGCGUGGACUCUGCUGAGGUGCAGAAGGUUUGCAGCAUCUGUGUCCUGUACCAAACCACCCUGACCACCCUCACCCAGAUCCGCCUGCAGAUCCUCACAGGUCUCACUUACCUGGAUGACCUGCUGCCCAAACUGUGGGCUUUCAUCUGUGAGCUGGGACCACAGGGGGGGUUAAAACUCUUUUUGGAGUGUUUGAACAACGACACAGAGGAAUCCAAGAGGCUGUUGGCCAUGUUGAUGCUCUUCUGUGACUGCUCCCGUCACCUCAUCACGAUUCUGGAUGACAUUGAGGUCUACGAAGAGCAGAUUUCAUUCAAACUGGAAGAGCUGGUGACCAUCUCUUCUUUCCUGAAUUCCUUCGUGUUUAAGAUGAUCUGGGAUGGAAUUGUAGAGAAUGCCCGAGGGGAGACCCUGGAGCUGUUCCAUUCUGUCCAUGGCUGGCUCAUGGUGCUGUACGAGCGGGACUGUCGGCGGCGCUUCGCUCCCGAGGAUCACUGGCUGCGCAAGGACCUCAAACCCAGCGUGCUCUUCCAGGAGCUGGACAAGGACAAGAAACGAGCCCAGCUGCUCCUGCAGUACAUCCCACAUGUCAUUCCUCACAAGAACAGGGUGCUGCUUUUCCGGAACAUGGUCACAAAGGAGAAGGAGAAGCUGGGGCUGGUGGAGACGAGCUCGGCGUCCCCUCACGUCACCCACAUCACCAUCCGCCGCUCCCGCAUGCUCGAGGAUGGGUACGAACAGCUCCGGCAGCUUUCCCAGAACGCCAUGAAAGGAGUGAUCAGGGUGAAGUUUGUCAAUGACCUGGGGGUCGAUGAGGCUGGUAUUGAUCAAGAUGGGGUCUUCAAAGAGUUCCUGGAAGAGAUCAUUAAAAAGGUGUUCGACCCUGCACUGAACCUGUUCAAGACCACCAGUGGUGAUGAGAGGCUGUAUCCAUCCCCAACAUCCUACAUCCAUGAGAACUACCUGCAGCUCUUUGAGUUUGUGGGGAAGAUGCUUGGGAAGGCUGUGUAUGAGGGAAUAGUUGUGGAUGUUCCAUUUGCUUCCUUCUUUUUGAGUCAACUCCUUGGGCACCACCACAGUGUCUUCUACAGCUCCGUGGAUGAACUGCCCUCCUUGGACUCGGAGUUCUAUAAAAAUCUCACUUCAAUUAAGCGUUACGAUGGUGAUAUCAGUGACCUGGGCUUGACACUGUCCUAUGAUGAAGAUGUGAUGGGUCAGCUGGUUUGCCAUGAACUUGUUCCUGGAGGGAAGACCAUUCCCGUUACCAAUGAAAAUAAGAUCAGCUACAUCCACCUGAUGGCACAUUUCCGGAUGCACACCCAGAUCAAGAGCCAGACCGCCGCUCUCAUCGGCGGCUUCAGGUCCAUCAUCAAGCCCGAGUGGAUCCGCAUGUUCUCCGCGCCCGAGCUGCAGCGCCUCAUCUCCGGGGACAACGCCGAGAUCGACCUCGAGGACCUGAAGAAGCACACGGUGUACUAUGGGGGCUUCCAUGGCAGUCACCGAGUCAUCAUCUGGCUCUGGGACAUCCUGGCCAAUGACUUCAGCCCUGAGGAGAGAGCCAUGUUCCUCAAGUUUGUCACCAGCUGCUCCAGGCCUCCACUUCUGGGCUUUGCCUACCUCAAGCCUCCUUUCUCCAUCCGCUGCGUGGAAGUGUCUGAUGACCAGGACACGGGGGACACCCUGGGCAGCGUUUUACGCGGCUUCUUCACCAUCCGCAAGAAGGAGCCGGGCGGGCGCCUCCCGACCUCCUCCACGUGUUUCAACCUCCUCAAGCUCCCCAACUACAGCAAGAAGAGCAUCCUGCGGGAGAAGCUGCGCUAUGCCAUCAGCAUGAACACCGGCUUCGAGCUGUCCUAGGCACGGCCUGGGCUCGGGAUGGGGCUUGGAGCUGCUGCUGGAAGGGGGAGCCCUUCCUACGUGGAGCUGCUGCGCGCGAGCCGAGCGCUCGCUCGAGGCCUGGAGGGGCAGCUGGUAGUGGAGGUUCACGGGGAUCCAGGGAAGAGCUGCUGGGCUCAGAGCUGGUUUUUCUUAGGCACGGCUCCAGGCUGGAGGAGGGGAUGGGCCUGAGCUUAAGCCCUUCACUUGACACCCACGGAAAUCAUCCUUAAAAGCAAACCCCGGGGGAGCACAGAAGGAAUGCUCCAAGUGCCACUCGGAUUAGUGACAGUGAGAUCCCCAGCAGGCUGGGCAGCUGCUGCCAUGGGAGUGCUGCUUUUUCCUUCCCCAGGAGCUGGGCUGGCUGGAAGUGAGUCUGGGAAGCUGCACAAAGGCAGAGGGAUGGCAGAGCCCACAAGGAGAUGUCAGCAUUGGAAGUGCCUGGAUGGGCACUGCUUUCCCAGGACAGGAGGAUUCCAGGUGUCCCUGUUCCUGCAGGGUCCUGGAUGUCUCUUGGAGAAGGAAUCACAGGGAAGCAGCAGCUUCAGCAGGAGCAGAUGGACCCUGUGGCUCUUGGGAAGGCUUUGGAAUGCCAGAGGUUAAGGGCUGGAGCAGCAGGAGUGGGCUCAGCCAGCUGUGCCUCUGCCAGGCUCCUGGCAGGCCCAGGCCUUGGGACAGAAAGAGUCAUGUCUCAAUUUCUCAGGAGCACUACAGGUUUAAUUGUCCUUGGUUUCCAGAGGACAAGAGCUGGCACACACUCAGGCUCCCCAGCACAGUGCUCAGGUGGGGCAGGUUCCUCUCUGGAACCAGGGGAAUGUGUCAAAUCCUCUGGAAACCUCCACUGGCAAAAUCCCUCCAGGAUGGAGGUUUCCCUUUGCUUGCAGGCCCUUUCUUAGGGAAUUGUUUGGACCCAGGGCAGGCUCUCUGUGUAAGAGCCACAUUUGCUUUGUUGCCAAACUCUUUAUUUUGCUCACUUUGUCUCUUUCUGGCCUUACUUCUGUCAGUUGGUGUUUGCCUGGAGCGGGCAGCUUUUGCAGGGGGUGACUUGGACAGAUGUGGAUCCUUCCUGCCAUUUCUGAGACACCCCUAAAGUGUCUCUGCAGCUUCCCAUCUUUGGUCCCUUGAGCUGCUGCGAGCCCUGCCCUGGCCCAGGCUGCAGAGAGGAGAGACUGGGCUGCUCCUGGGCUGUCCUGGCCCUGCUGGGAUUCUGGCACAGAGCAGAGCCAUGGCAUUGCCCUCUUGGGGACAGGGUUAAAAGCCAGUCACCUUCUCCCCUUCACCUCGCUGCUGAAACAAGCUCCUGCACAGGCUGCUGGCUUCUGCCCAGGGUUUUUUCUCUCUCCUUCCCUCCCUGUGGCACUGGGGAUCCUCAUUCCCCUCCCUGGCCAUAUCCCACCUCUCCUGCUGUCCUGCGUGGUCCAUCCCAUGGGGUCCCUGUGCCCGGGUGAGCUAGCAGAGCACAGGGCUCCAUACCCUGGGCUCUGGAAGAGCCCCCUUAGCCACAGGAUUUCACAAGAUUUCCAAGGGGUCGGAAAACCCUCGGCACCGAGCAGCGAGAUGGCCUUGGCUUCAUCCUCCUCCUGUCGUGCUUCAGAUGGAUUUCAGAGAAAUAACCCUUUUUUUAGAACCAAUGCCUGGAAAUGCAUCUGGAAAGCAAUGUCAGGAUCCUUCUUCUCUGUCAGAUCAGUGAGAUUAAACAGGAGUGAUGGGAAGUGUUGGUGCAGACUGGAAUGUCUGCAUCCAGAGGGUUGAGGACACUGGGCUGUGAGUCACAGAAAUGAAAGAUGAUAGUAAUUUUUUUGUUUGUUUGUUUUAAUACAUAGAACAUUUUGGCAUUAACCAGUUGGUGACUGUGUAGUUGGGAGGUUUAGGCACUGCCUUGGACCUCUCAGAGUUUAAGUAUCACCCAAAAUCUCCUUUUUCCUUCUAGGAAAUGCAGUGUGUCUGACUAGAGCACAAUGAGCCUUCAGUGAAAUGAGUUGUUGAACACUGAGAUCAAAUCCUUGCUCCCCUUUUCCCUUUGUUCCUCAGGAGUACAAUUCCUAGAAAAAAAAUCUUACUGCAGACUUAGCUUGGUCCCUCCAAACCUGGAGAUGUUGCACUACAGACACUGCUCCCGUGCUGGAGCUGGUGUGGAAAAUGUGAUAAAUGUCUGGGAAAUUCCCAGUGGAUGCAGGCAAGGAUUCCUGUGGAGGGGCUGAUUCCUGUGUCCCAGGGAGGCUGUGUCAGUCCCUGUCUGCUCUGUGAUUUCUGCCCAGGGAUGGUUUUGCCACAGGGGAUUCACAAGGAUCUUUUCCAUCCAAGAAUUGCUGUCUUGGAGACCUUGGUUCCAUCCCUGUGUGUCUGACCUGCAGAGAAAAUAAAGCUGGGAUGAGUUUGGA